GUACGCCCAGAGCAGACCUGGACUAAGCCUCCCCUUCCGGUAAUAAGAGCGACAGAAGACGGAAGUGGAGUAGAGGGAGGGGCGGAACUUCCUGUCGCAGUAGAUUUGAAAAGUGAUUCGGUUCCAAGAAGCUGUUGGUGAGCGCGAAGCCCGGCUGCGGGGCGGAGAGGCAAAAAGGCCAGACCGGACGCUGGAAGCCCUGGGCAGUCGAGAGGCCGCCAUGGAAACCCUGUCUUUUCCCAGACUGACUCCGGCUGAGAUUGUGACGCACGUGCAGAAUUCCAUCCUGACGGGAGCUGAUGGCAAAAACCUUUCCAAGAAUGAUCUUUUCCCAAAUCCAAAGCCAGAAGUCGUGCGCAGGAUUUUUUUGCGAACUCUGCAGAUUGUGUAUGGGAUUCCCCUGGACUCUUUUUACAUGAUGCCGGUGAACGUGGACGUCGCGUAUCCCCAGAUCAUGGAAGGCUUCCUGCCGCUGUGCAACCUGUUCACGUACAUGGACGCCUUCCUUCGCGUCUGCCGCGUCAGUGACUUCGAGUUCGCCGACGUUCUGUACCCAAAAGGGAAACGUACAUGUCGGUUUCUAAGUGCCAUCAUCAACUUCAUUCACUUCAGAGAGUCCCGUCGAGAAGUCUACAUGGACUCCUUGAGGCACUAUAAAUCCUCAAUGGACAAAAUGCAGCAACUCCAUGUAACCCAACAGGAAGCAUUAAUGAAGCUGGAGAAACUUAACUCUGUCCCUGUUGAAGAGCAAGCAGAAUUCAAGCAGCUCUCAGAAGACAUUCAGGAGCUGCAACAAACACUGAACGGGUUUCGUCAAAAAACAGUAACGAUCCAAGAAGGGAUUUCCCAGAAGAAGCUGGACAUCGCUGAGAGCACGAAACAUUUGAAUGAAUUAAAAUUGUCACUGGUUACUUUAAAAGAAGAACAGGAGAAUUUGAAAACAAAAAUUGUGGACUCCCCAGAGAAGUUAAAGAAUGACAAAGAGAAAAUGAAAGAGACCGUGCAGAAACUCAAAGCAUCAAAGCUUGAGGUGACUGAGAAAUAUGAAGCCUAUCGAGAUGCAAUCGAGGGUAUGCCUGCAUUCCAAAUGGAGGUACAGCUCUAUCAAAAGAAAAUGCAAGAACUUGCUGAGAGCAUGGACAAAGUAACAAGGAUCCUGAAGGAGAACCAGUCCCUCGAGGACCAGAUUGAAAGUGCUCAGACAGAGCUAAAGAAGCUGAAGGCUGAGGAGACCUCGUUGAAAAGACAAGUCAUUGUCGAGAAAGAGAAACUGGCCACCACCCAGAUACGGAUCAAUAAGAAGCACGACGACAUCAAGCAGUAUAAACGUUCUGUUCUUGAGGAAUGUAAUAAACUUCAAGAGAAGAGAGGAGCCAUAUAUGAACAGGUGACAACAAUUAAUCGUGAUGUCCAAAGGAUCAGACUUGAAAUACAACAGCUCAAAGAUAUCACUGAAAACGAGAAGCUAAAAUUCCAGGAGAUCUUCCUCACCUUGAAAAGUGCUGUGGAGAGGUACCAUGAAGCCAUGGAGAAGGCCCUGGAGGAAGGCAAAGCGAGAAUCCGCGACAAAGCCGUGCAGCUCAAGAGGGAGACGUUGGCCGGGCAGCCUGAGCAAAGCUGUAUUUGAAGGGCCCGAAGGGCGACGUGCAGAGCGAACGGCGCUGACCAAGUACGCCAGCGUGCUGCGGGCCCCCCGGGGGGAAGUUCAAGCAGGCUCGUAAGGGUCUUCCCGAACCAGAUGUGCUUUUGCAGCUCCUUUUAAAGAAACUGUUGAUUGGUCAAUAAAGUGAUUUUCCUCCA